UAUUAAUUGGAUUAGUAAGAACUUUGGGCGUUGACCAUAAACUAUCUUACUUUUGUUUUAUCUAAUGAACGGUUAAGUUUUGCUAUUACUUUAUUAUAAUAACUUUGUUAAUCCUAUUAUCCACCUAGUGCGUUAUAUCUGUGAUUUGUUGCACAUUAGUGAUAUAAAUUAAAAUAUAAAAAUUAUUUCAUGAAUUACUUUUCAAAGAAAUAUGUGGUUUUUUAUUCUAUUAUUAACUGUGCUUGGUGGCGAUUGUCAAGAAACUUCAGAAACAACUCGGUCUCCAUGGCUUAGUGGAAAUAAAAAUGAAAAUAUAAUAAUAAAAGAUGCCACAUAUUUUGUGGUGGCAUCUCGUAUGGUACGUCCAGGUCAGAUUUAUCGAGUAGCUGUAAGUGUUCUACAUAGUUCAUUACCGAUGGUAGUACGUUCUUCUAUACAACGUAAUGGAGUAGAAAUUGCAGCUGAUCAUCAAGAAGUUAAAGAGGGUAUACCAGAAACAUUAUUAAUGCGUAUGCCACUUACUUCUGUACAAGGAGAUUAUAAUUUACGCAUUGAAGGAUUAUAUAAUAGUUUGACUGGCGGUCAAGCUUUUUUAAAUGAAACUAAACUUAUAUUUUCACAAAGAUCUAUGACAAUUUUUAUCCAGCUAGAUAAGCCAGUAUAUAUGCAAGGAGAAACGAUACGGUUUAGAGCUGUACCUAUUGACACUGAAUUAAAAGCUUUUAAUAGUCCUAUUGAUGUCUAUAUGUUAGAUCCACAUAGACGAAUUAUGAGACGUUGGUUGAGCAGACAAAGUAAUUUGGGAACUGUCUCUUUAUCAUAUCAGUUGUCAGAUCAACCAGUUUUUGGAGAAUGGAUCAUACAAGUUAUAGCUCAAGGACAAGUAGAAGAAAAAACAUUUUUGAUAGAAGAAUACUAUCAAACACGCUUUGAAGUUAAUGUCACAAUGCCAGCAUUUUUUUUUGAAAAUGAUCCAUACAUUCAUGGCAUUGUUCAAGCAAAUUAUACCUCUGGAGCACCUGUGAAAGGAAAUUUAACACUAAAGGCAUCUUUCAAACCUUUAGAUAGAACUGGAAGUUCAACGAUGCAAAUAGAGCCUAUUGAAAGAUAUUUUAAUUUUAAUGAAUAUUAUCCUGCAUGGUUUAAACAACCAAAUGUUUAUGAAGAAAAAGUACCUGUAAUGAGAUUUUUUAAUGGAACAUAUUAUUUCCAAUAUCCAAUGGCAGAAUUACUUAAUUUUGCUGCAUCUUUGGAUGGAAUGGAAGUGAGCAUUGUCGCAACAGUUGGAGAAAGAUUUUUAGAUGAAAUUGUCGUUGGUUAUUCUAUGGCUAGAAUAUUUAAUUCAACCAUAAAAGUAAAUUUUCUAGGUGGCACUCCACAAGUAUUCAAGCCAGCUAUGCCUUUUAAUGUACAUUUAGUUGCAUCUUUUCAUGAUAAUUCAGCAUUACGACCUACUCAACUUAGAGGAGCAACGAUGGAAGUACGUGGAGAAGUUGAAAUAAAAUCUGGUGGACGAAGAUCUAUGGAUCCACAAUAUCUGACAGCUUCUUCAGAGCAUGAAGGUAUUUGGUCUACAAAAAUAGAUCUCAGAAAACAAAUUGGAUAUCCACAAAAUGCGGAACAAACUCAACAAAUGCUUAAUGAUAUCACUUCUAUGAAAAUAUCUGCUUACUUUACCGAUGGCGAAGGAUUUAGAGCUCAAUCUGAAUUACUAUUAUUUGCACAUGAAUCUCCAAAUCAGAAACAUAUAAAAAUAAUAACAUCGACUGAAAAAGCUAAAGUUGGAGAAUACAUAAUAUUUCAUGUACAGACAAAUUUUCAUAUAGAUUAUUUUAAUUAUAUUGUCAUGGCUAAAGGAACAAUACUUUUAAGUGGACAAGAAUACAUGCAGCAUAAUAUAAAAACUUUUGCAAUUCCGCUAAGCCCUGAAAUGGCUCCUGUUGCAACUGCAGUUGUAUAUUAUGUCGGACACUAUGGAGAUGUUGUUGCAGAUUCUUUAACUUUCCCCGUAAAUGGAAUUUCUCGUAAUAAUUUUACAGUAUUUAUUAAUAACAAAAAAGCACGCACAGGUGAAAAUGUGGAAGUCGCUAUUUAUGGAGAGCCAGGAGCAUAUGUUGCACUUUCAGGUAUCGAUCGAUCCUUUUACACUAUGCAAGCUGGUAAUGAACUAACUUAUGCAAAUGUUAUAUCAAAGAUGGCACACUUUGAUGAAGAUACCAAUGGAACUUACUCUCAUACUUGGUUGCUUCAUGGUGGAGAUCCCGAUGAAAUGGUUUAUUUUCCAUCCUCUACAUUUGGGAUAGAUGUAAAUCGCACUUUUGAAUAUAUUGGGUUAGUUGUUUUUACAGAUGCACUGAUCUAUAGACGACCAGAUCAUUGUAACAGAACUCAAGGAUAUGGAGAAUGUCUUUCAGGGCGUUGUUAUAAAUUAGAAAAAAAGUGUGAUGGCAUCUUUGAUUGUGAAGAUGGUACAGAUGAAGCACGUUGUGUACAUGGCAAUGCAACUGAUAUUGUAGAGUUUAGAAAGUGGCGUUUCAAUAGAAUUCAAAGACAAUAUGAAAAUGUUUGGCUUUGGAAAGACAUAAAUAUAGGACCACAUGGUAGACAAAUUUUCAACAUAGAUGUGCCACGCAGACCAGUUCAUUGGAUGGUUACAGUCUUUGGUAUGUCUCCGAGCAAAGGUUUUGGAAUGUUACCUAAAGCAUUAGAAUAUACAGGAAUUCUGCCAUUUUAUAUUAAUGUAGAAAUGCCAACACAUAGUAAACAAGGCGAACAGAUUGGUAUAAGAGUAUCUGUCUUUAAUUAUAUGCGUGGCGAUAUCGAAGCAACAGUUGUUUUAACAGGAUCUACAGAUUACAAAUUUGUUCAUGUUGAAGAUAAUGGUAUUGUUCAGUCUUAUAAACCUCGCACUUCGUUUGGAGAACAUCAAUUCUUUUUAUGGAUACGUGCUCAAGAUGCAACUGUUGUAUAUCUGCCAAUUGUUCCAGUAAGAUUGGGUGACAUUAAAAUACAUAUUUAUGCAACGACAUUAAUAGGACGUGAUUCGGUUACACGCACCUUACAUGUGGAAGCUGAUGGCCUACCUCAACACAGACAUCAAUCUAUUCUCCUUGAUUUAAGUAACAGAGCAUAUGUAUUCCAAUAUAUGCAUGUUAACAUUACAGAAACACCAAUUAUAUCUUAUGACGAAAAUCGUUAUUAUGUAUUUGGAUCAAACAAGGCAACUAUAAGUGUAGUUGGGGAUGUGGUUGGACCUAUAUUUCCAACAAUGCCUGUCAAUGCUACAAGUCUUAUAGAUCUUCCAAUGGAUAGUGCUGAACAAAAUAUGUUUAGUUUUGCCGCAAAUAUGUAUACAACAUUGUAUAUGCGCCUAGUCAAUCAACGCAAUAGAACGCAAGAAAAGGAAAGUUUUUAUUAUAUGAACAUUGGAUAUCAACGCCAACUUUCGUUUAUGAAUCCUGAUGGAUCUUUUAGUCUUUUCCGCAGUGAUUGGAAUCAAUCUGCAUCUAGUGUAUGGCUUACUGCUUAUUGUGCGCGCAUCUUUCAGGAAGCAAGUUUUUAUGAGUGGGAAAAUUAUCUAUAUAUAGAUCCUGAUGUAAUCACACAAGCGGUUUCUUGGGUAUUAAAGCAUCAAACUCCAGAAGGAUCUUUUUACGAAGUGACCUGGUUACCAGAUCGGAAAAUGAAUAGCUCUCUCAAUUAUGAUAGUGAUAUAAUAAGAUUCAGAAAUAUUAGUCUUACUGCUCAUGUGCUUAUCACAUUGGAAACUGUAAGAGAUUUGACAGGUGGCUUGGGUUCUCAAGUUGCUUUAGCUUCUGCAAAUGCUAUUAAGUGGUUAGAGAGAAAUAUGAAACUUUUAGAAGAAAAAGGCAAACCAUAUGACAUUGCUAUUGUAUCAUAUGCAUUAUUAAUGGCAAAAGCUUCUACGGCAGAACAAGCAUUUAAUAUUUUAACUAGACACGCACGUAGAGAAGGUGGUUUAACGUAUUGGGGCAGAGAAUCUGUUCCACCUCCACCACAAAAAUUGGAAAAUCAAAAACCAUUCCUCCUGCCACGUUUACCUUAUAAAUAUGAUGCAGAAAAUAUAGAAACAACAGCAUAUGCACUUCUUGUCUAUGUCGCAAGACAAGAGGUAAUGAUAGAACCAAUAGUAAAAUGGCUAAAUGCACAGCGAUUGACAGAUGGUGGAUGGGCUUCCACGCAAGAUACUGCGUGGGCUAUGAAAGCUUUAAUGGAUUAUACCGUCAGAUCUAGAAUUAGGGAUGUUAGUUCGCUAAAUGUAACAAUAGAAGCUACAGCUUUACCUGGACAGACACAAAUAUUAUCUGUAAAUCCAAGCAAUCUUGCAAGACUUCAAUCUAUUGAGAUACCUGAAGCAUGGGGAACAGUAAAAGUGCAAGCAAAAGGUGCUGGAUAUGCAAUUCUGCAAAUGUCGGUACAAUAUAAUGUUGACAUUAAAAGAUUUCAAACUCAGCCACCUGUGCAAGCGUUUGAUUUAAUAACCAGAGCUAAUUUUCAUGGCAAAAAUCAAUCUCAUAUUUCAUAUCUCAGUUGUCAAAGGUGGACAAAUAUUAAUGAAUCAUCCCGCUCUGGAAUGGCGGUUCUGGAUGUAGCUAUUCCAACUGGUUAUAUAAUUCAACAGCAAAAUCUUGAUAGAUAUGUAUUAUCAAGACAAGUAAGGAACUUACAAAGAGCACGGUUUCAAGGCAGAAAAGUCUUAUUUUAUUUUGAUUAUUUAGAUCAGGAAGAAACUUGUGUUAAUUUUACAAUAGAAAGAUGGUAUCCAGUUGCGAACAUGUCACGGUAUCUUCCUAUCAGAGUGUAUGAUUACUAUGCUCCAGAACGGUUCAACGAAUCUAUAUUUGAUGCUUUACCAACUUACACUUUAAAUAUUUGUGAGGUGUGUGGUAGUUCGCAAUGUCCAUAUUGUCCUAUUUACAAUGCUGCUACCAUUUUGAUGUCUUCAACAAAUCUUAUCUUUAUUACAACUAUUUUAAUAACUAUAAUGAGAUACUACCAAACACAAGAAUUCAAUGUAGGAUAGUUUUCUUCUAUAUUUUCCAAUUAACCAUAUCAUGAUAGAAAAGUUUACAAAAUAUUUCGAUGAUAAAAAUAAUAUAAACGCAAGUAUUAUUUAUUUUUUCUUGCAAUUACAGAAUUACAAAUGAUAACAUAACAGAUAUUAUCAUUUGUCAUACGAUUUUUUAUUACUUGAUUAUUAACACAUGUUUUAUUUAGAAGUAUAUCCCACUGAUUUAACAUAUAUAAUUUAAACACCUUUUUGCAUAGUUUUAAUUUGUAUAAAAAAAAAAAAAAAGUAAUAUUUCUCAAAGAUCUGUAUAUAGUAUAUUGGAGCAUAAAAAUUGCUUCAAAAUGCAAAGAGAUAAAAAAAAACGAUACCGUCCUGUUAUGUGUAUGUUCGUUCAUAUCCAAAGAAAUAUUUGGGCAAACGAACAAGACAUACGUAUUAACAAAUUUCAUUGUUUUAGAUAAGCAUAAGAGAUAUAUUUUAAUAGUUAGAUUUAUAUUUUAAGUAUUAUAUUAUAUUAUAAUAAGUAUUAUAUAUGGCAUACUUUUCUUAUAUUAAAUUGCGAUGGUCUACUAAUAUACAAUAUUAAGACUUAUUAUCCAAUAAGAAGAUAUGUGCAUACAAAGAUAAAGAUAUUUAUUGAUGCACAUCACAAAUAUAAGUUGCAGGUCUUAAUGUCGUAUGAAACACAGACGCAUUGCAACUCUUUAAAGCAGAUUCUCGAUCUGUAUAAUCUUUCAAAUGCCGUCCAUGCAAGUCUGUUAUAAAAUAGCUUAUAUUUUAAAUAAUUUGUGCUAUAUAUAUAUGUGUUCAACAGGAGAUCAGUUCUUUUUAUAUUAUAUGUGUGUGUACGUAUGUAUAUAUGUGUACAUACACAUACACACACUAUUACAUAUGGAUAUAUAAUCAUAAUCAGAGGUACAAAGAUAGUUUAAAACUUAAUGAAAGAAGAAGAACUCUCCUGAACUGUAUGUAUAAUUUCCAUUCUCGAGGCGAUAGAACUUAAAAAAAAAAAAGUAGCAUUUAAUACAUUAAAAAUAUUUUUAUGUUUUAUAACAUUUAUAAAAAUAAAUUGAAAUCGAAUUCGAAA